AGGAGUUAUUUUUUAGCUGUUUCUGAUUACUUACGCAUGGAUGCUGUUCAUCCACACGCUAUUAAGGAAGUAUAGCUGUCAUUUUAGAUGGAGUAGGCAACAUAUGCUUCAAGGCUCUCCAUCCAUGUCCUCCAUCCGUGUCCCAGUAACAUUUACCACGAGAUUCCGCAAUGACUCCACACAAAUACUGUAAAACAAAGGUCGUGUGCUUCACUGUCAUCAAUGUUAUUGUUAUGAGUUCUCCGAAUCAUUAGUACAAUGACAUAGUGGAGAAAAUGUUUGCUCCCUAAGUUCACCAGAAGACAGGGUAUUGUACAUGCCCUAUUUUAUGCGAAUAUUGUACCCCAGUGAUCAUGGAUGCGUCCUUUCAUACACCAAGAAAAGGUAGACAUUUCACAAUUUAUAAUAAUAAUAGGCGAUUGAUCGUAAAUGGGGCACCCAACAAUACAUGCAAUCAAACAAUUAUACUUGGCCAUAAACGUGUGCACGUUAUGUUUUAAUACGUUUCAAUUUGUGAAAUGUUUUGACAGCUGCAUUCCUCUGGACCAUCACAUGAAGUUUAGUCACAUAACACAGGACAAAGACAAACAUGCAUUCCAGAUAUUUACUCUGUAUGUAAGCAAACACCGCCUAUUGGCUGCAGUGUGUAUAUUGACGGUGAACAGUAUGAGAUGUACCCGGGAAGUAGUUUGUGUGAGCUAUACAGCCAAGUGGAAAUAAUUUACUGGUUGCCCAACAUGGCGGGUGUGUGGAUAUUAACUGUCUCCGUAAUCACGUCGACUUGCUGGAUACAGCUUAUACUUGGUUCCUGCUCACCGGGCAAGUUCGGGGAUUUGUGUGUCUACUCCUGUCACUGUGGACACUCCUGUAACCAGACAACUGGAGUUUGUGGAGGUGACUGUGACAGCGGCUGGGUGGGAGGGAAAACGAGCAAACUGUUAAAAGAAAAUGUCGCCUAUGAAAGACACGCCUCCUCCCCUACAGGACUAUGGACAGAUUACUCAUCUGCAGACAAAGCUGUAGAUGGGAACCACAACCAGGAUGUAUUAGGGCGCUCCUGUUUCAACACUGUUGACAACGUUCCGAGUGAGUGGAAAGUGGACCUGGGUGACAGCUACAGGAUACAUGAUGUCAGGAUAUAUCAUCAGCAGAAUUUUUGUAGCCCUGGUGUCUUUGGCGAUAGCUGCAAUCAGUUCUGCCAUUGCCUACAAGCAACAUGUGAUCCAGUCAGAGGUGUGUGUCCUGGAGACUGUAAACCAGGAUGGCAGGGGAGACAGGUGUGAUACAGAAUGUAAAGCUGAUCACUAUGGAGUCAACUGUAUGAACACAUGCACUGACAGGAAGUGUUCUGGUGUCAACUCGUCAUGUGAUCGCCACAGUGGGUCAUGUGACAGGGGAUGUCUUCCUGGUUGGACAGGUGUGGACUGUACACAAGAAUGUAACAACGCAACCUAUGGACAGAACUGCAGCAUGGCGUGUUCAGAAAGGAAAUGUGCAGGAGAUUCGUCUUGUGACCAUGUGAGGGGAACAUGUGUUGCUGGAUGCGUGUCUGGAUGGAUGGGUGAAGACUGUUAUGAGGCGUGUGACAGCCAACAUUACGGAGCUAACUGCGUUAAGACCUGCGCCUCCAGACACUGUGUGGGGAACUCUUCCUGUAACUCAACAGGGGAUUGUGACAAUGGAUGCCAGGAAGGCUGGGCACAGGCUGAUUGCACAGUAUGCAGUAGAGGCCGUUUUGGUGCCGAAUGUAAUGAGGAAUGUGGACAAUGCGCUGGUAAAGACACGUGUGACGCUCGUUCAGGAGAGUGUCACUCCGGCUGUGCUGAAGGAAACAUUGGGCCCCAGUGCAAAGAUCUAUCAGAAACUGCCCAGUCCGUCCCUGUCGCAGCUGUAGUAGGAGCUGCAGUGGGUGUGGUGCUGGUGGCCCUGGUGAUCAUUCUCAUUGUGCUGCUUAUCAGAAGAAGACGUCAGAAAGGAAAGGGGUCUUCUCACGAUGAAUCAGUCCUACAUGAAGCAUCACAUAUCCAUUCAAAGAAGAAGAACCGUCAUGAUGAAGGAAAUACAUACAUGAAUGUUGGAUUUGAUGAUGAAGCGAAGCCAGGCUUGUCAUCCAAGAAGACGCCGACCACUUCUGCACAUGUGGCUUCAGGUUCUCCACCACCAGUUGGUCAUCAGGGAGAGAUCAGUAAAAUACAAAGUGGGAACAAACGUGACAACGUACUUGUUGAUCGUCCAGGCGACAGUCAAGAUCAGCCCGACAUGGAGGAUGAAGAAGAUUAUGAUGCCCAUGCUCAGAUAGCACCGCAGGAGGCACCAGGUCAUGCUGACAUUAAUUACUACAAUCUGGGUGAUGCCAGACCACGUCAGGCUAUCCCCGUGUCCUCAUUUGCAACGCGAGUGCAAGAGAUGGAAGACCACCCUGAAGUGUCUGAAGAAGAGUUCAAGCGUCUACCCGAUGGUUUCAUGCAUUCCUAUGAGGAAUCCCAAAAGUCGAAGAACAAAGGGAAGAACAGGUUCAAGGGAUAUUACCCAUAUGACUACAAUCGGGUGAUCUUGCAUGACGAUAAUGAUGACAGUGGAAAGGACUACAUCAACGCCAGCUACUUGGAUGGUUACAAGACUGAGAAGCGUUAUAUAGCAGCACAAGGUCCAUACAAACCGGAUAUACUAGUUGACUUCUGGAAGAUGAUAUGGCAGGAGGGAUGCAACACUGUUGUCAUGGUAACAGGACUGGUGGAGGGAAGCAAGAUGAAGUGUCUACAAUACUGGCCAGAGAAGGAUACCAAGACGUUUGGUGACAUCAAGGUAACUCUGGCAGCACGGAUACAACUAGCAAACUACACCAUCACCAAGCUGGCUGUUCAGAAUGGGAAGGAAGGGAAGAAACAGGACGUCAACCACCUCAACUUCACCAGCUGGCCAGACCAUGGUGUGCCGGACACUGCUGCCCUGCUGGACUUCAUGUGGAGGGUCAAGGUCAUGUCUGGACAACAAACUCAGCCAAUCAUAGUCCACUGCAGUGCUGGUAUAGGGAGAACAGGGACCUACAUCACUAUUGACAGCCUCGUGGAGCAGGCAAAGACAGAGGGCGUUGUGGACGUCGUCAGCUUCGUCUCCAACAUGAGAGGGCAGAGGAAGAACAUGAUACAGACAAAGGAACAGUACCUGUUCAUCUACCAGGCGUUGGCAAGGGCAGUGUCAGAAGGGGACACAACUCUUGAUUCCACCACCAUCAGACACCUUGACCUUGAUCAGGUGUUAGAUGUUACUAUGGGCAACAGGACAGUACAACAACAUCUCGAGGCCUUACAAUACGGAGGUGGAGGAUAUGUCGAUGAAGCAGUUGUCACAAGCGUCCCUUCGUAUGCAUCUCUGAAUGGCUUCUUCAUUAUGACGUCACAUCCAAAAAGAGAGGAAGUGUGGAAUCAGGUUUACAACAGUGACUCGCACACCUUGAUAACCUAUGCCGCAGGUGUUCUGGACUAUCUCCCGUCAGUAGAUGCUCCUGUUUCCACCGCCAGGUUUGAAGUGAGCAUGUCCAAGUCCACAGCGCUGUCCGAUGAUAUCCUUCUAAACACAGUGGAGCUGAAACUAAAGGAUAACGAUGACACUACUGUCAUUCAACAUUACCACAUCACGGGAAGUGCAGGGGACCCCAGUUUCAACUUGCUGACUGACAACUUCCUCACAUGGACGAGUGAUCCAAAACGAGGCUUAAGCACCGUUGUCACAGAGUCUGUAGAAGAAUUUCGUCACUUGGUGCUUCUGUUGAACAUCGCCAGCAGACUGCAAGACGAUGGUAGAGUGGACGUCAUUAACAACAUGCGGCAGCUUUACACACGGGUUGGAGGUUCGCAGUUCACCGAGACUGACGUGAGACUCUGUCUGGAGUUUACUCGGCGGAGGAUCGAAAUGCUUGGAGUUUACGCCAACUUCUGACACAUGUAGAUUAAAGCAUCGCAGGCUGUACACGUGGACCCUGCAUGUACCCCAACAUGUACUCAGACCGGAGUUGUGCUCAAUGAACAUGAACUGCAAAACAACCUGACAUUUUGAACCAUGUAGAAAGAUUUCUAUAUAUUCCAGAAAUGUGUGUCUUAAUCCAAAGGUGCCUGUUAUUACUUAUUCUUAGGUGUGCUGCAUCACUGGUUAAACUAUGAAUUGCUGCAAAAUGGAUUGAAUGUUGUUGUUUUUAAAUUAAUAACUGCUUUAAAAUACUUGCAAUUUGCUGAGGACAUUGCUAAUGUUUGUAAUAUAAUUAGAUGAUUGCUGUAACUUGUACAUUAAGUUUUGUAACUUGUAUAUUAAGUGGAAAAUAGACAAGAAGAAAGUAAUCACAUCUUGGAUAACAACUUAUUUAGUUUUACUUGAACAGCGACGUUUCGUUUGACCUUUGCCAAGGUAUCAGGAUCAAUACUGAAGUCCGUGUUUCAGUAAAAUAUAAGCUGUAAGCUUCAGGUUCCGACGCCUGUACAACCUGGCGUUAGUUGUAUGAAAGUUCAUAAUCCUAGGAACUAACAUAUGGUAACAUCCCAAGUUGUCCUUGGGCGCAAGACAACAUAGAUUUAUAUUCUGCUUCUGUAUCUUUACUUAUCACAGUGUGAGCUGAUAUUGUACUGUUUUGCAAACCGAGUAUAUUGUAUGCAUUACCGUUUCUUGACUACUUCCCUUGUGUACAGCAUCUCGUUAAGGAAAACAAAGACUAUACAUACAUGUACAGUACUACACACACACACACACACACACACACACAUUGUGGAUUUCUUUAUAUAUGUACUACUGUGCACUGCUGAUCUUCGCCCCUUUAUACACACACCCACUCUCUAUUAUUUUCUCUUUUUUCUCUCAUACACACAGACACAAACACAUUUAUGGACUGUUAGUUAAUGUAGUUGUAUUGUCAACUACAGGACUAAGCGAAUUUGGGCGGACUCGACAUACAUGUAUUCUUACUCUUCCUUUUGAGCUAGUUCUCCGUCGUCAUACCCGAUUACAUUAGCAAUAGAAACUUCGCACCCCUCAUUUAUUCUGGUAAAGAAACAUAAUCUGUAAAGUACGCUUAACGCGGAAUGUACGCGUAAUACUUUGUGAACACAAACAUAGACAUACACCUGUGUGAACAUUUAUAACAGGACUUCGUUUGUGAACUUCACUAUAUUUCCUAAUGAUUCACGUUUUAGACAUAUUUUAUGCACAAAUAAACUAUGGCUUAUUGUGUUA